UUUUUUUUUUUUCUCAUAUUUUUUCCUUGUACUAUACAUAAACAUCCAUUGUCUAUUUUAUUAUUAUGAAUGCCAAUACACAAUCUACUUUGGAAACAUCUACAUUCCCAUCACCAGAAUCCCUAAAUUCUAGUCCUCGUUCAGACUUUAGAAAUGCCACUAUUGAAAAUCACUGGAAUGAUCCUCCAAAAAAGAUCUUCCACAAGACAAACCAUCAGGAUGACGAUGGUCUCGAUAAAGAAGAAUUGAAAACUCGAUUAACGAUCCUUGUUGAAACCUGUCGUACUGCUUUUACUACUGGACCCAAUAAACGAAUCGUUGAUGAUACUUCCAAACGAGUUCAAGUCAUGUUAAAGGAAAUAGAUGAUGAAAAGGUGACCAAUAAUGUGAUUAUAUCGAUCAAUGAACUUUGCCGAGGUUUAGAAGAAAAGGACUGGGAAAAAGCAUUGACUCUUCAUCGUCAAUUGAUGACUACCGAAUAUGAACGUCAUGGCUCUUGGUUAUUAGGACUCAAACGACUGAUUGAUCUUUCUGAGAAGAUCCCUUCUUCAUCAUAGAUUAUCAUCUCCUUUUUAUCCUUAUUUAUUUAUCAUUCCUCCCAUUUUUAUGAACCACUAGUUGGUAGUUUUAUUAUUCUCGUCACCUUUUUCUUUUUUAUCUUUAUAUAUACAUAUAUUUCCAUAGACUAUAAUAAUAAUAUAAUAAAAAAGGAAGAUUCAAGUCUUACAG